AUGGACAAUACGAAUGACACACCAUCUUUCUUCAUUGAGGGGAUUAAUAUUAUGGCUGCGAAGACGUUAUUGCAAGCAUUGGGUUGGCCUAUGAAUGACUCGUGUAUUGUAACACUGCAUGAGAAUAUGCUGUACCACCCCACCUUCGUUGGUCGUGCCAAUGAAGCCCCAGGCUCUCUGGCCGUUAUUGAUGGAGAGCAGCGUUUUACAUACCGUGACCUCUUGGCCAAAGCCGAUGUUCUGGCUGUGGACUUGGCUAAGAAAGGACUCGAAGUCGAGGAGCCCGUGGGCAUUGUGAUAGGAACAGGUUGGCAGCAAGUCAUUGCUCAAGUCGCCGUAUUGAGGGCAGGAGGGACUUGCACGCCCAUUGAUCCAUCUGUGCCUGAUGCUCAGCUCCACGCCAUGCUUGGUGACUUGAACAUGCGAAUGGUUAUAACAACAAAGGAUUUGUCGGCAAGAGUUUCUCAGUUCGGUGUACUGCUUGCCGAGUCGGUUUUGGAUCCUGAAAACCAGAUAGAGAACCAUGACGAAGUGUUGGUAAAAUCUGGGAGGCCUCAGGAUCAUAGAAGCCAUUUUAUUCAUACAUCUGGCUCAACAGGAAAGCCCAAGGCUGUUCAGAUUUUCUCAAAGGCUGUGAUGCAUCUCGCCACUUUAUCCCCAUUCGACAUUGGACCAGGAGACAAUGUUGGAGAGUUGAACAACCCCGGGUUUGACCUCUCUUUAUUCGAAAUUUGGGGUACAUUGCUUUCCGGUGGCACAGUGGUGCACAUACCGAAUUCGAUCAUCAAGGACUCGGUCUCCUUUGCCGCUAUGCGGAAAGAUGCAAGCAUUACAGCGGUCAUCUUACCCUCCACUCUUUUCACUGCUGUAUCCACCAGUAUCCCUUCUGCUUUCCAGAACCUUCGUCAUGUCAUCAGUGCUGGCGAGUCGCCAAAUCCUCUGGCAAUGCAAAAGGUCCUCGGCAGUGAUGGUCCUCCUGAAAACUUAUGGAAUGGCUAUGGACCUACAGAAACGACGUGCCUCUCAACCUUGAAGCGAGUGACCCUUCAGGAGGCCCAAUCCAAGACUAUCAGUGCCGGAACUCCACUUGGAGAUACCGUGCUUUAUAUCAUUGAUGAAGACCGGAAGCCCAUUUCCGACGAGGAGGUUUCCGGUGAAAUAUGCAUUGGGGGUCCAGGACUAUCUGCCGGAUACCUAAACCGUCCCGAAGAAACUGCGGAAAAAUUUAUUGAACUCAAGGUUGCAAAAUCUGCGGACUCUAGCCAAGUGAAAGUUAUCCGAGUGUAUCGGACAGGGGAUAUUGGUAUGUGGAAGGCGAAAGACCUCCACUUCCUUGGCCGUAAAGACCUCCAGGUGAAACGUCAAGGUUUCCGUAUUGAGCUGGAAGGAGUUGAACGAGCCAUCGCAGCAAACGAAACUGUCCACGAAGCGGCAUGUGUGCAUGAGAAAUCCGCUGAGGGUGCUGGCUCUGACCAUCUGAGGGCUUUCGUUGUCCCAGAAGACGGUAGUUCAGUUGACCCGCAAGAUCUCAUCAAAAAGAUGGAAGAAAUACAUCCCUAUUACAUGGUCCCCGAUGAAGCCCAUGUUAUAGAUGAGAUACCCCUGAAUUCUCGCGGUAAAGUUGACCGUGCCGCCUUGGCUGAUGAGCACCGGAAACCUCCACCCUCUGGGAGCCCCAUCAAUGAAAACAAGAGCCCCUACAGCAUGAUUGCCACAAUCCUUGAAGGAAUACUCGGCCUGGACAAUCUAGGUCACGAUGACAAUAUUGUUUCUCUUGGCCUAUCGUCCAUACAAGUUGCUCGAUUCCUUGGCUUGAUCAAACAGCAAUUCGGAAAAGUAUUAACAAUCAAGGAUCUCUACACGACCCCGAGGAUUGGCUCCUUGGCGGAGUAUCUAAGUCAAUCCGAGGCAAUCAACUAUGGACCUUCUGAAAUCCUACAAUUUGAAGAAGACAGCCAUCUUGCGGAUGACAUUGAGUUGGUCCCAAACUGGUCAUCAGAAGGUCGCGUAUUCCUUACAGGUGCUACUGGAUUCCUCGGAGCUAACCUCCUGUACCGCUGGCUCUCCAUGUCAUGUAUGAAGGAGAUAGCAUGUCUAGCUCGGGGCAAUAAACAGCAUUCGGCUAUGGAGCGGAUCCAGAAUACUUUCAAGAAAUACGACCUAUGGAAUGAAAACAUCUCCCAAAAAAUCGAAAAGGUGAUCGUCUUGGAUGGUGACAUGACAAUGGAAUACCUUGGGCUUUCACAGAGUGAUUACCAAUGGCUCAUUGGUUGGGCUCCAGCAGUCUUUCACGCAGCCGCAAAGGUCAACUGGUGUGAUCCUUACAGUGCUCAUUUUGCACAGAACAUCUUAGGGACUAAGAACGUUCUCCGCGUGGCAGCAGAAGGGCGGCGCAAGGUCUUCCAUUACAUAUCAAGCAUCGAUGUUUGGGCCGUUACUGGAUUUAUACUGGGAACAGAGGUGGUUUCUGAGGACGGCCCUUUGAAGACUCACCUGGCUUCGCUCCCUUUCGAUACCGGCUAUGCUCAAAGCCAAUGGGUAGCAGACGAGAUGGUUCAAAGAGUGCGCGACAAAGGCCUACCUGUGAUUAUUUAUCGCCCUGGGUUCGUUGUCGCCGACAGUAAAACAGGGGCAGGGAAUCCGGACGAUUUCUUUACUCGAAUGCUGGUUGGAUGUAUUCAACUGGGAUAUUGGCCCCAUCUGCCAUACCAGAACCAGGAGUAUGUCACAGUUGACUAUGUUUGCGAUUCAAUUUUGCAUAUUGCUUCGGACAACCAUAAUAUGGGUCAUGUCUAUACCCUGAGUGCGCCAAAGACAGAACUCACCACUAACAUGGAACGAUUAUGCACACUUGUCAACCAAGCUGGCUUCCCCCUCAAACAGAUCCCAUAUUCGGAGUGGUUGGAAAGAUUGCAAGCCUGGGAGGGGUUUGAAUCGAGCCCUUUGCUAUCUUUGAUGCCCUUGCUCGCAGAGCCUGUUCUGCGAGGCGCAACACGUCUCCAGACAAGCAAACAUUCUCCCGUGUACGAGUGUGUGAAUACCUUGAAGGCAAUUGGCAACCGCGACGUGAUUUCUUUCGUUCAGCUUACGCCCGAUCUUAUCAGGAGAAUUGUUGAGUUCAUGACGCGCAAAGGGUUUUACAGCCUGUGA